AUGUCAAAUAUUCAGAUAGAACACAAUUAUAUUAUUUCUAAAUCUUUUACUUCUACUGAAAAUGGUAACAUUCUUCUUAAUAAAUAUGACAUAGUUGAAGUUAAAGAUAUUAAUCAAAAUAAUUGUCUUGUUAGGAGAAUUAAAGAUGGAUAUGUUGGAUGGGUACCAAUGGGAUUUUUAUAUUCAAAUCAUAUAGAUAAAUUAUUACUACCAAAAAGGAAUCAUUAUUCUUUAGCUUGUCAUUUAAAUCCUCGUCUAUCUGAAUCAAAUUUUAAUUUUCAUGAUAUUUUUUGGAGAGAUCAUUAUAAUACUAUGCGUAAACGUGAAGUUAAAUUAAGCAAAUUUAUUAGAAUUAAUUCAAUUAUUAAUAGACAAAAAGAAAAACAAAAAAUUCAAUAUAUGGUAGAAUGUUUUCUUUAUGAUUGUGGUUCAAAAGCUGGAAGGCAAACUGUUAGUAAUAUUCAUAAAUUAUCUUUCUCUUCAAUAAAUAAUAAAAAUAAUUUUUUUUUGUUAAAAAAUGAUUACCCUACAUUUUUAUUAAGAUCAAAUUACAAUCAAUCAGAGGUUGUAUUAAAAAUGAAUAUUAUUGAAAUUAGUAAAAAUCAAAAUAAUGAAAAUAUUGAUGAAUUUUUAGGGAGCAUUGUUGUAAAUCUUCUUGAUAAAGAAAAUAAUGUUAUUCUUUCAAAUAAAACAAGUAAUUAUAAUAUAACAGAAAAUAAUACUGAAAAUAAUAAUAAGUCUAAUAUAAUUGUAAAAAUAUCUGUAUCAGAUGUACCAAUUGGACAUAAAAGUGAUGUUGAUGUAUUACCAGAUGUUAUAUUAUGUAAAACUGAUCAUAUUCCAUUAUUUUCCAUAUUUAGAAAUUUGUGUGCAUAUCAAUUAUUCAAUUACAGACUAAAAACUGAUAUAGAUUAUAUAUAUGAUGACUUUAUAGCAAAAUUUUUAGAAAUAGUUGAUAGUGAAGAUGUUGUUGAUUAUCUUCAUUUAUUAUGUACAAAAUAUGGUGUUUAUAAAUCAAAAGAUCGAAAUUAUAAAUUAAUUAAAGUUUUUAAGAAUUAUAUUUUACCUCUUGCAAUUGGUUAUGGAAUAAAAGAAGAAACAAUAACAGAUGAAGAUUUAAGCAAUCAAACACCAAUUAAAAAUACACACGUUAUUAAAAUGGAUUCAUUAAGCAAUUAUAACACAAAAAUUGACUUUGAUCCAAUUCAUUUUUUAUCCAAUCAAAAAUGCAAACCAGUCAAUUUAAAACAAUGUACAUUUCAAUUAUGUAAUACCCAUUCAUUAGAUUAA